CGCGAGGACCCGGCGCGCCAGCCGACCCGGCCCGGCCGGCGCCGUGGCCGUCAACAGCGGCAUGCACCUGCCGGCCAAGCGCACCCGCGGCGUCAUGCAGCAGCAGGACGGUCUGGAGAAGAUGACCGACUUCCUGCUGGAGCGCAGUCUGAGUGAGGUGGUGGCCGAGCACCCCGGCGAGCUGGUGCGCACGGGCGCGCCGGACCUGCUCUGCACCGCCCUGCCGCCACACUGGCGCUCCAACAAGACGCUGCCCGUCGCCUUCAAGGUGGUGGCGCUAGGUCACGUGGACGACGGCACUGUCGUCACCGUCACGGCCGGCAACGACGACAACUGCUGCGCCGAACUGCGCAACAACGCCUCCAUUAUGAAGAACCGCGUCGCCAAGUUCAAUGACUUAAGGUUCGUCGGCCGUAGCGGACGAGGGAAGAGUCUGUCGGUGACCAUCAUCGUGUCGUCCCGGCCAUGCCAGGUCACGACCUACAACAAGGCCAUCAAGGUCACGGUGGACGGACCCCGGGAGCCACGCAGUAAGACAAGGCAGUUUCCGUUCCCGUUCCCGUUCGGACACCGGCCGUUCUUCGCGCCGCACCUGGCUGGUCUGGAGCAGCUGCGCCGAGAGCAGAUCGCAGCCGGACUCCUGAAAUUGCCGCAGCCACACUGCCAGA